UUGUUUCCGGUUCCGCUUCCUUUCGUGACCUGUGAGAAUGGAGGAGCAGGCGGCUCGGUGUAUAGAGCGGCUCCGGCGGCAGGAAACGGAAAUCAAAUUUCUGACUGCAGAAAUUGAUCGUUUGAAAAAUUUUGGCUGUUUGGGAGUCUCCCCAAGCUUGGAGGGAUUGCGUGAAGAGAAUGCAAAACUUAAAUAUCGCUUAAAUGUUCUACAGAAGAGCCUUGAAGAAGAAAGAAAUCGAGGGAAGCCAUCAAAAGGCAUGAUUAAUAUCAACAACCGCCUUCAAGAAAUUUUUGCAGCAGCCAUUAAAUCUGCAUAUCCAGAUCUAGAAAACCCUCCACUGGCAGUGACACCAAGUCAGCAGCCCAGGUUUGGUGACUACCAGUGUAACAGUGCUAUGAGCAUAUCGCAGAUACUGCUGAAGACCAAGGAGCAAAAAGUAAGCCCGAAAGAAAUUGCUGACAAGAUUGCCAGAAGCAUUCCUGACAAUGAAUGCACUGAAAAGGUGGAAAUUGCUGGACCUGGUUUCAUCAAUGUACACUUGAAAAAAGAUUUUGUAUCCAAACAACUGAGCAGCAUGCUGGUGAAUGGAGUUCAGCCCCCUGCUAUUGGUGAAAGGAAAAAGGUGGUGAUUGAUUUCUCCUCUCCUAAUAUUGCGAAAGAGAUGCAUGUUGGUCAUCUGAGAUCAACUAUAAUAGGGGAAAGUAUGUGCCGUCUCUUUGAGUUUGUGGAGUAUGAUGUUCUAAGAUUAAACCAUUUAGGAGACUGGGGUACCCAGUUUGGAAUGCUUAUUGCUCACCUCCAAGAUAAAUUUCCAGAUUACUUGACUGUUUCUCCACCCAUUGGAGAUCUCCAAGCUUUUUACAAGGAAUCAAAAAGAAGAUUUGACACAGAAGAAGAGUUUAAGAAGCGUGCAUAUCAAUGUGUGGUCCUCUUACAGAGCAAGAAUCCAGACUUCAUUAAAGCUUGGAAACUGAUAUGUGAUGUAUCCCGGAAAGAAUUCCAAAAGAUCUAUGACUGCUUGGACAUCUCCAUAAUUGAGAGAGGAGAGUCGUACUAUCAAGAUAUGAUGCAGGAUGUGGUGAAGGAGUUUGAAGACGGAGGGUUUGUACAAAUGGAUGAAGGCCGAAAGAUUGUGUUUGUUCCGGGCUGUUCUGUUCCUUUGACGAUUAUGAAAUCUGAUGGGGGUUUUACAUAUGACACCUCUGACUUAGCAGCUCUGAAGCAAAGGCUGUCAGAAGAAAAAGCUGAUUAUAUAAUUUAUGUGGUAGACAGUGGGCAGUCUGUGCACUUACAGACCGUAUUUGCAGCAGCUCAGAUGAUUGGUUGGUAUGAUCCCAAAGUGACCAGAGUAAUUCAUGCUCCUUUUGGAGUAGUGUUGGGAGAAGACAAGAAAAAGUUUAAAACUCGUUCUGGGGAAACUGUGCGGUUGAUGGACCUUCUGGAAGAAGGACUGAAGCGAUCAAUGGAAAAACUGAAGGAAAAGGAGAGAGAUAAGGUUCUUACACCUGAAGAACUGAAGGCAGCCCAGACUGCAGUAGCCUUUGGCUGUAUUAAGUAUGCUGAUCUCUCCCACAACAGAAUAAACGAUUACAUCUUCUCCUUUGAUAAGAUGCUGGAUGACCGGGGAAAUACCGCUGCUUAUUUACUUUAUGCCUUUACUCGAAUCAGAUCUAUAGCAAGACUGGCCAAUAUUGAUGAAGAGACACUGCAGAAGGCAGCUAGAAAUACAGACAUAAUCUUGAGCCAUGAAAAGGAAUGGAAACUAGGCAAAUGCAUUUUGAGGUUCCCUGAGAUUGUUCAAAAAAUCCUGGAUGACCUUUUAUUGCACACCCUUUGUGACUAUCUUUAUGAACUGGCUACCACAUUCACUGAAUUCUACGACAACUGCUAUUGUGUGGAAAAAGACAGACAAACUGGUAAAAUAGUGAAUGUGAACAUGUGGCGAAUGCUCUUGUGUGAGGCAGCUGCUGCUGUUAUGGCCAAAGGUUUUGACAUCUUGGGAAUCAAGCCUGUCCAAAAAAUGUAACUCUGUAGAGUUGUAAUUUCUCUCCUCUUUUUACAGACUUGCAGAAAUUGAAACUAUCAUGACCCGUUAUUUAAAAUUAAACUAGUGAAUGCUA